GUCUUCGGUAUCCCGGCGAGCGCGCGCCUCCCGCGCUGUAGCAGCCUGUCACCAGCGGCGCUGACAUCACGCGGAGGAUUCGCUACAAUGUCAAACAUCCACAAGCAGCGCGAGCUCAUGGCUUCCCCGCGCCACGAUGAGAAGCAUCGCCGCGUGCCGCUGCUCAUCCUCUAAGCGCACGGGCUCCAUUCACCUUUUAUGGGCUUCUUCACGUUCUCGGACAGGAUGCGUUUGAGCAGGUGCACGUGAGUGCGUGAGCCGGGUCGGAGGUCAUGCUGCGGAGGGGAUCUGACUCCCACGGCCCCUUUACCUCUGGAGAGACGUCCGACAACGACUGUGAGAUGGGGGCGAGUUGUGGAGAGGUAGAUAUAGUGUGUCUGUGCGAGGCAGGUCCCUGUACACUUUAUUCAGAAGCACACACGCCUACGCCGGACGCACCGCUGUGUGAACACUGUGGAAAAAACAGAGUAAUGAUAACCAGGUACUCUGAGGGAUACGGCACAGAGGAGGAGGGUGUCUUAUCCGACCCCCAGGGGGAGAGCGAUGCCGACGCCGAUAUAGAGGACACAGACUGCAGACUCCAAGAGCCUGGUUCUCUCCAGCGAAUCAGCUCGCGGAGGCGCCGGCGUCCUCGGGUGGCGCGGCAGGACACUACAGAGAGCGAAGACGACGGUGGGCGGAGCCACAGGACUCAUCGCUGGAACCUCAGGCUCAGUCCUGACAGAGCACACAGCAGGACCAUACUGGAGGAGAGCAUAUCGCAGGUCAGGCCACUGGUCAUCUGCCAACCGAACGUGGAGAGCCAGAAGAGUCCUAACGAACUGCCCCGAGGAUCCAAGCUGACGUCUCUGUGGCCGGCAUCCCUCUCUCUUCCGCUCAUCGUCCUCCUCUUGCUGCCCCUUUCCCUCUCCCUCAUUAUUGUUAUCGUGUCUUUCCUUCUGCCGUGGGCCAGCGCUUGACCCAACGUUCGUGUUUCGAGAGGUAGUUUGAUUGCAAAACUUAGAAACAGUUCCAUACAACGUAGGGGAUAGCGUAGAGAAAAACAAACUGUGACACUUUAUACAUGAAAGCAGACGAAAAGAUACGAAAUAUUGAAUUUAAAUUCAAUGUUGUUGUUUUUCCUUUCAGAAUAUACAUCCUGGAAGGUUUCCAGUCAACUUGAUGUUUUCUUUUAGGCUCCAUUAAAACCAAAAAAUAAAAGCACAGGUACAGAUAUUUAAGUGUUUCAUACAACGCCACCUUCUGGUUCAUUUACAUCAGAACAACACAUAUUCAGUGCUGGCUUCUGUCUUAUUCAACCCCGUCCCCCCUUCAGUCUCACUUUCUCACCCCCACGUUUGUAAAAAUAGACCUCUCAUCUGGCUCCUUGAUCGAGCGACAGGGGUGACACACUACGGGGAAAAGGUUUCAGGGUUGCGUUCAAAAAAGGAAUAUCACAGUCUCUAUAGGAAAACAUUUACAAGAUGAUGCUGCUGAACUAUGCAAUCCUUCUGUUCCAACCGCGGCAUCUAAACUGCUGUUAAAGAACGUCGCCUAUGUCCUUGGCACUGUCGCCACCCUCUUUGUCCCUUCCCUGUUUCCUCAACGGAAUAUAAGUAGCGAAUGCAUUGGCUUAUGCUUCUAAAAUAGAGCAUGACUCAAUUUAAAGAGCAAUAGCAGGAGAGAUCUGAUACACCUGCCACCGUGUAUGGUGUACAUGGUAACACAGUGUAUCAGUUUAAUGAGCGUAUUAAGUGUAUUCUUAUACUUGCAGAUGGAUUUAAAAACAGGUCGAUCCUUCUCCUUCCUCCUUUAGAAAGAUAAGCUGACCUCAAAUUAAAACGAGCUUUAGUUUAACUAAGCAAUCUAAACACUAAUUCAUGGUCUUACAAGUUGGAGCAUGUGAUUUAAGAAUGUUUAUCUUUGGUCUGUGUUCAUAAAUGAUUAAAACGAAGCUUGACAAUCAGUCAUGCUAACUUUUCCAAAUGGUUAUAAAUGUACCGUAUAUUUAAUGUUAUGUUGUUUUUGUAUGUUUCAUUCAUUUAUUUUCAUGCCACGUUGGAGAUGUUUGCAUUCCUGUAGAAUUACUGUUCUAGCUAAUUUGAGACCCCUGUUCUCUCUCAGCGUGCUUGUUUUAAAUCUCCCCUUUGGAUUUCUGUGUGUAUGUUCAGCGCUGUGUUUCAUUAAGCCAUAGAAGUUCAAUAAAACUAGAUUGUAUUUUGACAAAAAA